AUGGUCAAGUCGUUCCAAAAAGUUCCUGGACCUAAAGGGAUUUAUAAUUUACCAUACAUAGGGCUUCUUAUCCUCGGACAAUCACUAGGUGUUCUGAACAAUUUUGAAUACCACAGAUUUGCCGCUUGUAUUCAAAAACGUUAUGGUGACUUUGUAAAAUUAAGAAUUAAAAACAAAUGGGCCUUAUUUGUGUUUCAUCCGGACACUGCGAAAGAAAUUUUGUUGAAGAAAUCGAAAUAUCCGAUAACUGGGAGUUUGGAGGUUUACAGAGUCUACAAUGAACAAAAGAAACUUCACCCACCGAUGAUUAGUUUGAAGGGCGAAGCCUGGGUCAAUCUACGGAGACCAACUCAAGAACAGAUGUUACGACCCACCGCCGUGUCAUCGUACGUCAGUAGCCUAUCUGAUGUGGCCAGCGAUUUUGUGGAUAUGUACCAAAACGAAGGCCAAAUUGACGAUCUAAAAUCAGCAAUGAGCAAAGUCGUAACAGAAAGUACCGGGAUGCUGUGUUUCAACAAACGUUUGGGGUGUCUGGAGGGCGCCUCCGUGAUUGACAGUGCGUAUGUGGACGAUAUUUUUGAAGCAUCAGAAAAAGAUUUGAAACGAUUCGGACCAGGUCUAUAUAAAUACAUAUCAACGCCUCUUUACAGAAAAUUCGAAAGAGCAGCUGAUCAUAUUUUUGGUGUAGCAAAUACUGAGCUUAAAGAAGCCACUGGGAAAAUAGAACAGGCCAUGGCAGAAGGGCGGCUUCAGGAGUUCGUUCAGGGGCCUAGCCUGCUCUACGCUUUGCUGACUCACCCAGACAUGACACCCGAGAUGGUCCAGAGUGUCAUUUUAGACCUUUUUGUCGCCGGGGUUGAGUCGACCACGAAUGUUCUGUGCUUUCUAUGGUAUGAGUUAGCCAAAAACCAAGAUAAGCAACAAAAACUUCAGGAAGAGAUAGCAACCUUCGGUGAUAACAACGAGAUUACAAAAGAAUCUCUGUUGCAAAUGCCAUAUCUCAAGGCAUGCGUUAAAGAAAUCAUGAGACAGUACCCACCGAGUCCCAGUAUCUGUAGGCAGUUAGAAGAGGACACAGUCAUCAACGGAUACAAUGUCUCCGCAGGGACGGAAGUACAUUUACUUCUCCAAAACAUCUGUGAAAAUCCAAAAUAUUUCAAGAAUCCAGACGAUUUUCUUCCGGAAAGGUUUUUAAGAGAUUCAGAUUCAGGAGACAACGACAUGAGGAAUUUGUAUCCCUACGCCACACUUCCGUUUGGAAUUGGUGCAAGAAGCUGCCUUGGUCGAAGAUUUGCCGAAACAGAAAUGUACAUGAUCACAGCAAAGUUUUUUCAGUGCUAUAAUGUGUCCUUGCCCUUUACGACCAAUAAGAAAAUAAAAAGAAGAUACCGAAUUUUUGCAACACCCGUUGAAGAAAUUAAACUGAAAAUAAAACAAAAGAGCAAGGGAUCAAAGUUGAUCGAUUAGUUUUCUUAACGUAAUCGUUAUCUAAAUGCUAUGCCAUAAUGUAAAUAAAACCUAUGUAAUUUGUAGCUGACACAUUUGAGUGCAGAUAAUUGGAACAAAAUGUAUGUAUCAUUUAUAUUUUCAUUCAAUUGAUGUGCAAUUAAAACUUAUUUUCCAAGAUCAUUUUUCGGUAAUUAUGUUGUAUUGAUUAUUUGAUUGAUUUUUGUUGUUGCAAAUAAUAUCACAUAUGUUAAUGCAUACAGUUUUUGUACGUUUUCGUACAAUAUUUUUUAAUCAAUUUCAUCAAUUUGUUAGAAAUAAACAUAUUGCAAUGGGUGUAACUUGCAUUGUCAAUUAAAUCAUACAUGUAUCAUUUCUCAAAAUGCCCAUUUUCAAGAGGGUCUACAUCAAAUUUACGUGCAUGUAUUUGAGGAAGAAUAAUACCACAUGUGCAUUGAAUGAAUAUAUCUUACGAUAUUUUUUAUCAGAUAGAGAGCAGUAUUUUUGAAACAAAAAUUAUUCCAUGAAACGUGAAGAAGUUUUGAUAUAGGAAAAAUUCUUUCGUAUAAAUACAUAUUAAUAUGUAGAUUGGUCACUACUUAGUAUUUGUAAUAAUUUUGAUUUUUUUACGUGAAUGCUAUGAAUUGAUAAUAAAACAUUUUUAUUCAUAAAGUUACAACCGGUGGUUUUAUCCAUUUUUUUUUCUAUAUCUUUGUUUAUAUUUAUACAUUUUUAAUUUUUCAUUUAUUUAUUGUUCUUCAUAGUUUUUUUUAUAGCUAUGUUGAA